GUAUGGAUUUCCGCUGCAUUGCGCUUGCGCGACCAGAAGCAGCGCGCAGGGGUUUGUGGGUAGGACAUCCAUAGGUCAGCCAUAUUGCUGUGGUGUGAGUGAAGGAAAGCGAGAAUAUGAGGGGGAUCCGGGGCAUAAGUCAAUUAUCUAAGAGGCUGUAUGCAGCCCAGGCGGCCCGUAAGGUGGAGGCAGCCGAACCACUGAAGUUUCCCCCACAGGAUGUGCAGGUGACAAAGCUGCCUAGUGGUUUAGUGAUUGCAUCCCUGGAAAACUACUCUCCUGCAUCUCGGAUCGGUGUGCUCGUUCGUGCGGGUAGCCGUUAUGAGACGAUGGAUAACCUCGGUGUCACACACUUGCUACGUCUGGCCGCUAGUCUGACUACCAAGGGUGCAUCUGCCUUCAAGAUCUGCCGUGGUGUUGAGGCUGUAGGAGGAAGCCUGAGUGUGGCAAGCUCGAGAGAAACUAUGGUCUACACAGUGGACUGCUUGAGAGAUCACAUUGACACUGUUAUGGAGUAUCUGAUCAACGUGACCACUGCACCAGAGUUUCGUCCAUGGGAAGUGUCUGAUCUCGCUGCAAGACUGAAGGUGGAUAAGGAACUUGCCAAGCAGAAUCCACAGAUUGGUGUGAUUGAGAAUUUGCAUGCAGCAGCUUAUAAGAACGCCCUGUCCAAUUCUUUAUACUGUCCAGACCACAUGGUUGGACAAAUCAGUGCAGAACAGAUGCACACCUUUGUUCAAAACAACUUUACCAGUGCAAGAAUGGCCCUUGUUGGUCUUGGAGUGGAUCAUGCUGUACUGAAGCAGGUUGGAGAGCAGUUCCUGAACAUCCGCAGUGGAAUGGGCACUGUUGGCUCUAAAGCUGUCUACCGGGGAGGUGAGCUGAGAAAUCAGAGCGGAGGCAGUCUUGCACACGCUCUCGUGGUCAGUGAGGGUGCGACCGCUACAUCGGCCGAAGCCACUGCAUUCGGCGUACUGCAGCAUGUGCUCGGAUCAGGACCACGGAUUAAAAGAGGCGCCAACACCACCAGCAAACUAAGUCAGGCUAUCUUGAAAGUUACCGCUCAACCCUUCGACGCAUCUGCCUUCAAUGCCAGCUACACUGACUCUGGGCUGUUUGGCUUGUACACCAUCUGCCAGCCUAAUGCUGCCAAAGAUGUUAUUACAGCAGCGGUUGGUCAGGUGAAUGAUGUUGCUCAAGGGAAUCUGGCAGCAGCUGACCUUAGUAGAGCCAAGAAUCAGCUGAAGGCGGACUACCUGAUGUCCAUCGAGAGUACUGAGGGAUUAAUGGAGGCUAUUGGUACACAGGCGCUCGCAGAGGGCACCUACCAUUCCCCUGAGGUCGUGACCCAGAAAAUUGAAGCCGUGUCUUCUGCUGAUGUUGUCAAUGUGGCAAAAAAAUUCAUGUCUGGCAAGAAGACAAUGUCUGCCAGCGGACACCUGGUCAACAUGCCUUUUGUUGAUGAAAUCUGAGGGAAAACGUGUACUCUCACAUAUUUUAUUUUUAAACAAUAUCUAACUCCUCAUUCUAAAAGAAAAUGAGGACAUGUUUGUUGUCUUGUUGCUGUUCAAAUAAAUAUAAUAAAGUCAUCAACAGUUAAUCUUGAUGUUGAAGUGGUGUUACAUCAAGAGAGGACCUCAGCAGCUGCCCAUUUGAAAUGUAUAGAUGUAAAUUAAUGAAUAAAAAUCUGUGUACCAACAUCAACAAA